CUUUAGAAAAAGAGUUCCCCUUUUCCUAUUUAUGUAUUACUCCGUUUAUUAUUCAAAGAGUGACAGUUUCUAUUUUAUCACAAUAACAAGAGAGGGCUAUUGUGUACUACCACCCCCGCAAGCUCUUUAGUGACGCGUACGAUUUCGCGUUUCAGCUAUGGGCAUAACACAAGACAAAGUGGAGAAAAUACGACAUUUCUCCAAAAGAGCAGAUAAGCUCGAGGAAGAAUACGUGAGAGAACCUCUCAAUGCCGCUGUGAUACUUGCCUAUAACCGGAGGCUGGAUAAUACCUUAGAGGACCUGAAGGAACAUGUACAGCGCCAAGAGGAGGCUUUGCAGGAGCUUCGUACGAAAAGGUCAAUUGAUCUCCAGAGUUCGGACACAGAACCUCGCGCCAGACUUGCGCAGAUCCGGAGAGCAAAGAAGGCGUAUGACUCGCUUCUGCAGACAGAGCCCGAGCUUCCAGCUCCAGAGUCACCGCUACCUGCCUUGAUUGCUCUUCGAGAGACUGUGAAGCAUCUCCAAGAGACUAAGGCGUCUAUUUCGGCUAUAGCUGAGGCUGUUGCCGUUGAUCGUCAGCGGCUGAAGGCCGAAGAGGUAAAUUUACGUGACAACCAGUUGAUCGCAAGCGGACUGGAAGCGCGCAUUGAGAAGCUGCAGAAUGAGCGUUCGCAGAAAGAGGAGAAGACGCCUGCGCAACUGGCGCGUGAGCUGAUCAGGACGCAGCGCCGGGAAAAUGAGAAACUUGAUCAGGAGGCCGAAAAGUUAAAAGCUUCAAUCUACGAAUUCAUCGACGAGCAUCUUGCCUCAAUGCUUGCUGCUGAGGAUGUCGGUGGUCCGGUUGUAGGCGAUGCUGUAGAUGUCCCUGAUGCUACACUCGAAGCAGGAUAUACUCAUCAUGGAAAACCCAAGAAACCGAAGACUACGACUACAGAGGAUGAAGAUCCCAGACAACAGCGCAUUGAUACACUGGUGCGCCGUCAGCGUGGUCGAGAAGGGGCGCAAGAUGAAGGCCCGACAAAUAAGAGGGAAGCCGCUGCAUUGGAAAUGCAUCGUCUUCUUGACUCCCUCCUGGAAGCUGGAUCCUCUUACAUUGACCUUCCUAGAGACUCAGCUGCUUCUCGAUUCCUGGUCAAAGCCAAGAUCGCUCAGUUCCAUCAUCGAGAUGCAAGGCGACUAAGGUUGAUUGAUUUCGGACGGUCAAUAGAUGAUUGAGUUAUUCUUUCGAAGAUACAUAUCCAUUCCCAGAAGCGGAAUCUAGUCGGAAG